AUGCUGAGGAUGUACUCGCAGCCGGCCAGGAUCAAUUCGGGCUCCCCGUCAUCAUCUCAAUCACCCGGUGCCGCCUUCUUCUCCCAGCCCACGGCGUCUCCGAACAUUUUGGCAAAUCGCAAGCGCGCUGCCCAAUUUUACGGAAGGGGCGAUGUCGGCGAGCCUUCGGUCGAGACGCUCGGCGAUUCUUCGGAUGAUGACGUCAUUGUCGAAACAACGACGGUGGUCAGCAGCUCUUCGAUGAUUGCCAGAGAAAAGAUCACGAUCAACCCCUUCAAAAGGGUCAAGCAUCGCCACGCUCCACUGUCCCCGUCUUCAGCAAUGUCGCGACCAAUCAAGCACACCUACCGGCACUUUUACGAGGAGAAGGACGGCAUCGUCAAUCAAGGUACCACCUCGGCCACCACCCCCACGCACGAAGUUAACGUCCCGAAGUCGUCGGCGUCGACCAUCCCCUCGCAGCAGACCUCAUCGUCAGCCAUGAAUCGCCGCUUCCCGCACUUUUCGCCGCUCACCCAGAUGGGAAGGUCCAACUUCUUCGACGAGGACUUUGAUCGCAUGGUCAGCACGCGACCCUACUGGGCCGACACCUCCAUGUUCAGCGGCCAUCGACUCGGCGAGGGUCUCAACGAUGUGAUCGACAACGAGGUCGAGUUCAAGUUCACCAUUGACGUCUCGCAAUUCGAGCCUGAGGAGCUGAAGGUGAACAUCAUCGACAACGAUUUGGUGAUCGAGGCAAGGCACGACGAGAAGACUGACAAAUUUGGCCAGGUCAUGCGCUCGUUCACGCGCAAAUUUCGGCUGCCCCCGACCGUCAAGCCGGAGGAGGUGAAGAGCGACCUGUCGCGCGAUGGCCACCUCACCGUCCGCUACGAGAAGGAGCGUCUGACCGGCAACGUCAAGAAGAUCCCCAUCCAAAUUCAGAAGCCU